GAAGAGGGAAGAAGUCCAAUACGUCUCUCUCUCUCUCUCUCUCUUUCUCUCUCUCUUUCGCUCCUCGGUUGGUGUUCCGUUUGCGUUCUCUGAGAACGAGAGAGAGAGAGAGAGAGAGAGAGAAGGGGGAAGGAGGGACGAGAAGGAGAGACCCAUCCCAUGGACGACUUCAGAUCGAGGUCCUUCAACGACGGGAAGAUGCAGCUGGAGGUGUACGGAGGCCGGCGCUCGGGGGCGGUCCCGGCCCCUCCGGUCCUGCACGACUACAGGAGCUACAGCGCUUCCUACUUCUACACCUACGACGGCAGCGGCGUCGGCUACGGCGAUUUCAAAGGGAAGCCUGACCACGGUUCCUCCGCGUCCAACAAGGGCGGGCGGGUCUUCAAAGACCCCGAGUUCCAGCGGAAACGGAGGGUCGCCAGCUACAAGGCCUACGCCGUGGAGGGCAAGGUGAAGGGCUCGCUGCGGCGGAGCCUCCGGUGGUUUAAGGAUAAGUACACCCGGGCGGUCUACGGCUGGUGGUAGGACUUCGCUUCCCCAUCGGGUCAUGUGUGGAAACUUUGCUCGAUCGUUCCAUCCAUCGAGUAUUUUGCUCAUAAAUCAUGUUCCCAGAAGGGGUGACCAAAAGAACAACUUGUAAUCUUAUUAGUGUGUACUUGUAUCAAGUUAUAGUCAGAGGCUGUAUGGAUCAGCAAAGAUGUAUGAUUAUGAUCUGAACAUUCUGAGCUGCUAAUUUGUUGUGACAUUUAUGCUUCAUACAUUGUCCUGUUAAUGCUUCUGUGUGUGUCCGUUCCAGGAUCUGGAUAUUUGAUUUGCUAGUUAAAUCUAAGCAUUUGUGAGU